GAUUUAUUCGUGGUCAGCUGGGUAGAAGCGAACUUGUUUGACAACACGGGGACUUUUCUUUUUGCUUCUAUUUUCCUCAAAAAAUCCGUGUUUGAGACAAGGAAAGUUCUCAUUACUGAGUAUAGGUAUUUAACAAACUUGCAUAGUGUAAGAAAAAUCUCUUGGGAAAGUGUUUUUGUAAGAAUAAUUUAUCAAAAGUGUGACAUUGUAUUGCAUUGAGGUUAGAAUUUGCGCGGUUGCCAAAAAUGGUUCCAAUGGGGGGUCCCUUGGGCUCCUCUGGGGCUCACAAUCCACAUUCCGUACAUGGGGUACCACCACCAAUACAGAGCACCCCAUCCGGUCCCAAUACACUCUCAACGAACAGCCAAUCCAACAAAGCAUCUUCCGCAUCAGUUAAACCAAACUACACACUCAAAUUCACACUAGCUGGGCACACAAAGGCUGUCUCUGCAGUAAAAUUCAGUCCAAAUGGCGAAUGGCUUGCCAGCUCCUCCGCAGAUAAACUUAUAAAAAUCUGGGGUGCUUACGAUGGCAAAUUUGAGAAGACGAUUGCUGGACACAAGUUGGGAAUCAGCGAUGUGGCAUGGUCAAGUGACAGUCGACUCCUGGUGAGCGCUAGCGACGACAAAACGCUCAAAAUUUGGGAACUUAGCUCCGGAAAGUGUCUCAAGACCCUCAAGGGACACACAAACUACGUCUUCUGCUGCAACUUUAAUCCCCAGAGCAAUCUCAUUGUUUCCGGAAGCUUUGAUGAAUCCGUGAGGAUUUGGGAUGUACGUACCGGGAAGUGCCUGAAAACUCUUCCUGCGCAUUCCGAUCCCGUUUCUGCGGUCCAUUUCAAUCGCGAUGGUUCGCUUAUUGUAUCAUCUAGCUACGAUGGGCUGUGCCGUAUUUGGGACACUGCAAGUGGUCAAUGCUUGAAGACCCUCAUCGAUGAUGACAAUCCACCUGUGUCCUUUGUCAAAUUCUCCCCCAAUGGAAAGUACAUUCUGGCCGCGACUCUUGACAACACACUCAAACUCUGGGAUUAUUCAAAAGGCAAGUGCCUCAAGACCUAUACGGGGCACAAGAAUGAGAAAUACUGCGUCUUUGCAAAUUUUUCCGUAACUGGAGGAAAGUGGAUUGUGUCUGGAAGUGAAGACAACAUGGUUUACAUAUGGAAUUUGCAGAGCAAGGAGGUUGUGCAACGUCUCCAAGGACAUACAGACACAGUUCUGUGCACCGCUUGCCAUCCCACGGAAAAUAUUAUUGCUUCCGCGGCCCUUGAGAACGACAAAACCAUCAAACUAUGGAAGAGCGAUACCUAAAUUUCUAACCGAUUAACUUGUAAUCCCUCCUUUUCUUUCCUCAAUAAAGUGUCUACAUCCUCUUAACUUACUUAGUAGGAAUGUAGACGAAUUGCUUUUGACAAACAUUAAAUCACUAUAUUCUUUGAAAUUACAAAAAAAUGAAUUUAUAGCGUUCACAAGAUUUUUAAUGGAAUAAAGAUUUUGCAGAAUUUUCGUAAUUCUGUUGCAUUUCCGACAUUC